GUGGGACCGGCGGGUCGAGCCGGGUCGAGGCCUCCCCAGGCAGGCCGGGCCGGGCCGGGCCGGGCGCGGCGGCGUUGUUCUUGAGGGACCGGGGAGGGCAGUCCCGCAGCCGGGAAGGGCCGUCCUGUCAUUGCGGGCAGCGCUGUGGAUGAAAGAGUUCAUGCUUACUGGUUUGCAUAACAGAAGAGACUAAAUAGGCGUGAAGGAAACUAUAGUGGGCAUGAGAAGUGUCAAAAGAGAAGAAAUGAAUCCUACAAAUGAAGAUCCAGUGUUUGGGACCAUUUUUGACUGGGACUAUCUCUUAUGGGAAGUUCGUUUGACAUUUUUAGCUGCUGGUUUUUUAAUCUACUUGGGAGUAUUUCUUCUGUCUCACUGGUUGUCUUCUUGGAGAAGUACCACUUACCGUGCCUUGCAUGCAAAGGAGAAGGUGUUUUGGAAUAUGGCAGUCACACGUGGUGUGUUUGGACUUCAGAGUUGUGUUGCUGGGUUAUGGGCUUUGCUCAUAGAUCCCGUUUUUCAUGCUGACAAAGUCUAUUCACAGCAAAAGUGGAGUUGGUUUAACUGUUUAAUAGCAGCUGGAUUUUUCUUGCUUGAAAAUGUAGCAGUUCACAUGUCCAACAUAGUUUUUAGAACAUUUGAUGUUUUCCUGGUAGUUCAUCAUUUGCUUGCUUUUGGUGGCUUGGCUGGUUUAGUAAUUAAUGUGAAAUCUGGACAUUAUCUGCCUUUGAUGGGAAUGUUGCUGGAGAUGAGUACUCCCUCAACAUGCAUUUCCUGGAUGCUUCUGAAGGCUGGCUGUGCUAACACUUUUUUCUGGAAGGCAAACCAGUGGGUGAUGAUCCAUCUGUUCCACUGCCGCAUGAUUCUUACCUACCACAUGUGGUGGGUGUGUAUUUUCAAUUGGAAUUCUAUUGUAGAAAAUCUGGGACUUCUUCACUUUAUUGUUUUAUUCUCUGGAUUAUUUGCUGUUACACUAAUACUUAACCCAUACUGGACAUACAAAAAAACUCAGCAACUCCUCAGCCCAACUGACUGGAACUUUGAAAAUAAAGCAGUGGAAAAUGGAAAAUUAAACGGUGAAACACAUCAAAAGAAGAGGAUAUAGCAUUGAAACAACGAUUUCCCAGCAGGGUAACAGAAGAAUACAAUGCAAAAUCAUUCUUUGCACGUAAACUAGAAGAUUUUGCAAGAAGCUCAUUGACACAGUGACUGCUGGUAGCACUCUGUAUGCAUCACAAGUGUUGAAAAGCAUUGUUUGUAUUUCUUAUGUGUAUACCUAUAAGAACUUCAACCCUUGUUAUGAAUUACAUCAACAAUUUAUCAGGUUGGACAGUAUUUUAUAAUUUAGUAGUGAUGUGCUCCCUAAUGACAUGUUUUCUUUCCUGAUGCUUCAAAGUGGCUUUACAGUAAGUCAUCUGUUAAGCUCAGCUUGAAUCAAGUUUAGCUUGAAUCCUAUUUCACUUAUGGUGGAGAUACUGAUACUGAAAAUUGUGUUAAAUUGUUUAUUAAGAUCAAUUAUGAUCCAAGUUAGGUAUGCAUGGGUACCUAAUUUCUGUGUGUCAGUGAAUCAUUCCAAGUGGAAGAACUGGUCAGUGGUAGAAUGCAGUCAUGGCCUGGUUUUGGGUUUUGUUGUUGGUUGGUUUAUGGGCUUUGGUUUUUUUGGGUAUUUGUUUUUCUUUUUUUCUUUUAAGUGCACUUAAGGAACAGGAAAAUAAUUGUUUGAGUUUUUGUUGUCAAAGUUGUAGUUUUUCGAGGUUGCCCUUAGUAUGGGAGGAGUUCAUAUCCAUCAAAACCAUGCAUGUGGAGAUCAAUGCAUUUGCCAUUUGAGUGGUCUCUGGACUUGAAAUCAAUGAAAUACAAGUGGCAACACCAGAAAGUCACCAGAAGGUGACUGUGUAUUGUCCUUGAAAAAAAAUGCUGCUUCAUUAGUAAAAUUAUUUGAUUUGUAGGUCCCCCAUGAUGGGUCAUGCAAUUAGUUCCACUAGUGCUUCUGUUAUGGUUCCUCUUAUUUUUGGGAAUGCACUUAGUUUUAGAUGGUUUCAGCACCUGAGGUGACUCCUCUAUGGAGGAAAGCCCAUAUCACCUGUAGGAGUUCGGUUAUUUUAAUAUUUUAAUUUAACUUUAAAGAACAUACCAAGUGACACUAAAAAUCCUUUGCACUUUAUCUGACACAUCACAAAAAUCUUUCCUUGACCUGAGAAACUGGGUUGUUCUUUAGAUAGGGACUAACUAUUCUCCCACUUAAAAUAUUGGUGUGAUGGUUCCUGGGUGAAAUGUUGGGAAAUGGAUGAAGGGAUAAAAAUCACUAUAGAAGAGAGUGACGCCUAGUGGCAGGAGAAUGACAGGGGUUAUUAGUUUUGAUGCUUGGAACAAAUGAGAUUUUAAAAAAAUGGUUAAUUGGAACUCUGUGUGACAUGACUGCUACACAGAUUUAUUUCCCAAAGCUUUAAAACUGGGAGAGCCCAAGCUGUGAAAAAUUUUUGAUCAAGCCAUGAAUUAGAGACUUUGUGGACUGAUCUGUGGUGGAACAUACUGUUUUAAAUGUGUGAGGGAAGCACUCUUUGGUGUAAACAGCCCCAUUUUGUAAAUUUUUAUUGGGAAUGUCUUUGAUUUGUUCUGAGUGAAGGGAGUGGUCAGGUUGCUAUGUCCCCUAAUUCACUCUGUGUGAGUACAGAGUUGAAUUGCUGUUCUAUGAUGUGAAGGAAACUGCUUACUUUAGGUCACAAAUAUAUAUCAAGAUAUUGUUGAUAAUGAUGAAGUGGUGAAUAUCUGAAAUUUCCCAUUUAAAACCAGGCUGAGGGUCGCAGCAAUUUUACACAGCAUCCCUGUCUGUUAUUCUGCUUAUAUUUGAUAGAUAAAAUAUAAAUUUUGAGCUACCUUCUUAUUUUUAAGAUGGGCAAAAUGAAGUUGCAGUGUUGCCUGCCUGGGUGCCAUCCUAUAGUAAAAAGGGUUCUCAAAAGUUUGAAAUGGUGUAGCUGUCUUGAGGAGUUGUCUGAGGGAGAAUAAUGUUAAAAGGACUUUGGAAGAAACCAUAGGGAUUAAUUGCUUGCCUGUGGAGUCAAAAAAUAUGAUCUGAAUGCAUAUCUUGCAGAAUCCAAACCUCGCUUGCAAGAGUUCCAGGGAGAAAGGCAGAGAGAAAGUCAUCUGGUAUCAGAAUGAUGGUCUACUCUGUGAAGUUCAAAACUUGAAGGUUUGGAGUGGAUAACACAAGAUAAUAAUUGUUAAAAUCCCAGCUACAGCGUUCUAAAGAAUCCUAACAGAAAAUGGAAGCAUCAGAAGAAGUGUGGGAUGACUGUGUAAUUCUUGUAGUGGCUGGCUAAGGAAUGUGGAGUUCCUAUGUGCUAAAAUAAAAUAAUGUGGAGGGUGGGGGUUAGUAGUUAAUUGAGACUGAAAAAAGACAGCUGGAAAUUUAUGUCAUAGUACCAGAUGUCUAAAGUUUAAUAUAUUAUUAAUUUGUAUAACUUUAUUAAUUGAAUUUAAAAUCUUAAAUUAAAAUUAUGGUUUUAUCAUCAUAAUUCAGCCUUUUUAGUUUGCAUCCUAGUGUGAGUUUUUUCACAAAAAGACUUAGGGUUUGCAUGUCUUAACUAUAUAAUGUUAAUGUUAGAGCCCCUGUUAACCUAUAUACUGGUAGACCAGCUAGAACAAGAAAGCUAUAAAGCAAAUAACAGCACUUAUUUUAUUUCUUUUAUUUUAAGGAUACUUUACAGUCCAGCUGAAGAAAUACAACACAACAAAAAUACAGACCUUUCUUCUUCAUCUCCUUUAUGGCUUUGUGUUGGAGUUACCAGUUCUGUUAAACAGAGCCUCUUUUAUUACACUUGAGUGUGAAAGGACCUUUUAUAAGGGCAUGUAGUGAUAGGACAAGGGUAAUGGCUUAAAACUAAAAGAAGGAGAGAUAGAUUAUAUUAGGAAGAAAUAGUUUCCUGUGAGGGUGGUAUUGCACUGGAACAGGUUGUCCAGAGAAGUUGUGGAUACCCUGACCCUGGAAGUCCAGGUGAGGUUGGAUGGGGCUUUGAACAAUCUGGAGUAGUGGAAGGUGUCCCUGCCUACAGCAGGAGGGUUGGAGCUAGGUAAUCUGUAAAGUCUCUUCCAAUCCCAGACUUCUGGGAUUCUUCACUGGAUUCUGUUGACUGGUCCCUUUAGGAGGGUUUUCUGGUUUAUUGUUGUAGAAGUCACGUUGCUCUGAAACAAGUCUGAAAAAGUUCUUGAACUGAGGAUUUUGGUGUCUAUUUACCCUUAUAACUAAGUGCUCGUUUUCAGCCCAAAGGUAGAGUAGCUAAAUCUUGUUUGUAAAUUUUAUUAAGUGAAAUUUAUCCCAGUCCUGGGCCUUCUUAUACAGCCUCAUCCACAAUUCCCUCUAGAAAAAUUCAAUUAGCUUCAGCAGUGUCUGGUUUGGGUCACAGGGUAUGCUGCUGUGGAUUUGGAAAAUUUGCAUAAUGUGAUUUUGGGUGUAUUAUUUGUUUGCCAAGGUGAUUGCUAUGGACUUGCCUCUGCUUUCUUAUUGAACAAGCUGAAUUGAGGAGUGGUAUUUGUGUCACCUUUCCAGCUGGAGCUUUUUUUUAAAAACAUCCAAACAACAAAAACCCAAAUCAGCAAACUGUGAUGAGGUUAAUGGCAUUCAGCUGUUUUGGUUUGGGGUUUUUUUAAAGAAAAAUAUCUGAUCUGAGACACCUUUUUCAGUCAUCUGGCUCUUACUGUCUUCAUACAGCAUUCCUAAAUAACAGUUUGUGUUUUCCUCCAGUUCUUUCCUAUUUUUAUCUCCAAAACUUGUCAUUGUUUUCCCCCCUGAACCCACCAAUUUUCUUGAUUUUUAUUCUUACUUGCAGUAUUGGUCAUGAUGUUGGAGUAGUCACAUUAUCACUGCAAUAUUUUUGUCUAGUAGUUUUCAAUACAUCCUGCCAUCUUUGACUAAAUAUCCAUGUCCAAACCUUUCAGAGUCUUUUUGUGUUUUCCUGAUAACAUGGAUUAAAUAUUGAUGUGAUACAGUUAUAAGAAACCUUCUUUAACCUCAGGGAGACUCCCCCUUAAAGUGAAUUUAAAACUGUUAAGCAAACUCAAGUCUUCCCUUGUACAAUAUAAUGUUUGUUGAAAAGCAUCUUUAUACAUAAAUAAAAGUAUUUUAUUGAA